CAUUGUGGGGAUUUCAAAAUGGAGCCGUUGCUUCGGGAGUCAAACUGCCAAUGUCUCGUGUUACGUAGCCGGUAGCUGUUGCUAGGAGGCGGAGCAGUCACUUAACUUAAACACAUAACACACCACCACCGGGACCGCGGUCAACAUGGGGGUGUUGUGUUUCGCCAGAGCAGCCUUCACGUCCGCCACAAAAUACACCGGUCGCUAUUUGUGCUUCGCGUCUGUCCCCGGUGUCUCCGCUCCAGCAGGUGUCCGUGUGAGACAGUACAGCCAGGAGACAGUCCAGAGACAUGUCCCCGCUGGACAGUUAGUGUGCUAUCAGCUACCUCACAGGACCUUACUGAAGAUCCAGGGACAAGACACCAGUCCGUUUCUUCAGGGGAUCAUAACCAACGACAUGGGGCUGCUGGAGGAGCCGGGACUCACUGCCAUGUACGCUCACAUGCUCAACGUACAAGGAAGGACACUGUAUGACAUCAUGCUGUACAGUUUGAAAGAAGCCGAUGCAGGACAGGGCGUUUUCCUGGAGUGUGACAGCGCAGUGAAGGACUCAAUCUUGAGACAUUUGAAGGUGUACAAGCUCCGCAGAAAGGUCAUCGUAAACCCCUGUCCAGAGCUCUCUGUGUGGGCGGUGCUCUCCGCGCAAAAGAACGCAGGCCAAGAGGCCAGUAAACCUGAGCUCUCCUCUCCAGACAAAGCUCUGGUGUGGGAGGCUGAUCCUCGGACUCAGGAAAUGGGCUGGAGAUUGGUGUUGGACAGCCAAGUUGACCCCUUGGAUAUCAUUACAUCGUGUCAGAAGGGGGACACUGGGGAGUAUCACAGACAUCGCUACGCAAUAGGACUUCCCGAGGGAGUGAAGGACCUUCCCCCCGGAGUGGCACUUCCACUAGAGUCAAACCUCGUCUACAUGCAGGGCAUCAGCUUCAGCAAGGGCUGUUACAUCGGCCAGGAGCUCACAGCCAGGACUCAUCACACCGGGGUGGUUCGGAAGCGCCUGAUGCCAGUACGCUUGUCAGCUCCAGCCCGAGACCUCGAGGAAGGAGCCGCGCUGCAUACGCAGUCGGGCAAGCCAGCUGGGAAGCACCGAGCAGGGGUGGGAGAGUUGGGUCUGAGCCUGAUCCGCGUUGCUCAUGCCAAAGAAGAGUUGACGCUCAAAUCUUCUGACGACACCACAGUGGCACUUGAGGCCUCUGUGCCAGACUGGUGGCCUAAAGACGUGAAAACCAACUGACGAGGAGGAUGGUUUAUAGUUCCCUCAAAUGUGACAUACAUCCCAUCUGACAGACUCCUCAUAGACAGAACCCUAAAGUACAGUAUGUUACACUGUCAUUGCUAAACAGCUGCAUGGCACUUAUCCAUAUUUGAGAGUAUUUUUGUUUUGUUUGCAAUAACUUUUAGAGUGAUUUUUUUUUCCCCCCAAAAUUAUAAAAUAUUAUUUAACACAGAAUUUUGCUAUUUAACACAUAUAUUGCAGAAAUAUACAACAAUAUAUACCAGCACUGAUAUUGUAUGGGUGGUUGUUGAAUAAAUUUGCAAAAAAAAUACAAAAAAAA